AUGUCGGCGCCGGACCCAGACCGUCCGAGCCUCACUCCCUUGCGACAGCAGCCCAGUGCCAUCCGGGUCGUUCCUUACUCACCUCCACGUGCCGCCGACUCCUCCGAGGACCCCCAACCGCAAAGUGGUGCCGCGGCAGAGCUUUCGGACUACGGCCCGGACGACGACGACGAUGAGGACGAUUAUGGAUCCAACUGGAGGCGGACUAACCAGACUUCCGAGAAGACAACCACCAGCGGCAGGCCCGGCCAGGGGCCUGUCGCAUUGCCGUCUGCACCCGAGUCGCGGUUAUUAUUGGCAAGGCGGGAGGACGGUGUUUCAGGGGACAAAUCUGCAACAGGUGCAGGUACAUCAGGAGACGGCCCAAGAUACCAUCGUCCGACCACGGUAGCCCCUGCUGGCCCUCCGCCAUCCAAUGUCGCUAGCCUCGCCGCCAUCAAUGCACUACAUGCACCUCCCACACGAGGGCGUCUCUCUGCCUCGAGCUACACCACGCACACCAGCUUGUCGUCCAGACAUUCUGCAUCAUCUCAUCUAAGCGAUGCCGAGCCCUCUUCCUCGUCGAGGGCCUCACGCUCGCCCUCUACUGGCCAGCGCCGGCCCGCCUCUUCUCGCCGCGGAGGGUUUGUUGCAGUGCUGAACGAGGACAAGACCUUUUCACUCGUCCCACAAAGACCCCGGCCAGAUCCGGAACCAGAGCCGCAGCCUUCCCUGGACCCACGAUCCUCGUCUGCCCUGUCUGACUACAGCGGUCCGGGCGGUGGCUUCAGGUCUCCACAUUUACCCUUCUACCCAUCCACCCCCAGAGUCUCCCAGGCCAGUUCGCAUGAAGGCUACACGUCUUAUGCGUCCAGUCAAUAUGAUCGUCCCAGCUCUGCCUUUACCUCCACGGGCACAAUCCCGGACCGAAGCAUAACCCCCAGCACGCCUGUGCCGUCCUCUCCGGGCUCUUCCACAGUUCACGAACAGUUUGACGAUCCAAUCCCCGAGACCUCCUCCACGCCACCGACCUAUCGCCUGGUGGGUGGACUCCGCAAGGUCCCCAAGACACCCGACCUCAAGUGGAAGCAGUCCGACAACUCGCCCUCUUCCGACGCAACAGAGACCCCACUGCCUGUGGUCCCGGAAACGUCACCAUCGCGUGUCCCCGGCGACGACCAGUCGGAAACCCACUCAAUCGGGGCAGAGCAGGCUUCGAUUAACUCUAACACUCCCUCGGGUGGCUCCGACCCCAACGUCAUUGUUCACGAGGCCGACAGCCAGGCUCCCUCCGAGGCUGGGCUCUCUGACGCCGCCCAAGAGCACGAAGAAGGGGCACCAGACAACAGUCAAUUGGGUCCGGAUCUUCGGGAACAGGCGUCUUUCGACUCCCAGCAAACCGUGUCUACCGAGUUUGAGUCUACUAACAUCAAGAUCUACGGCCACAGCGGAUCCGAAGAGUCUGAAGAGGCGCUACCAAGACCCUCUGUUGAAGGCGCUCCAUCCGACGUAGGAAGCGGCCAAUUCGUCCCACCGCUCCAGACGCAGUCAUCCUUUCAAUCCGUCCAGUCAGGGGUUUCGACGACUUCCGACAACACAAACUACAGAGUCUACGGGCCCAGCAGCCCAGGUCUCCCACCAGUCCCUGAAGCAGAAACACCACAAGAAACAAACGAGCUCAGGCCGGCGCCGUCAUUCCUUUCUGCGGCCUCAACAAACUCGGGAGCCGCCAAUUGGCAGGUGUAUGGUCGCACCAGCCCUGCGACAUUAGCAUCCGUCGAGAGCUUCAGCCCACCCUCGCCUUCCGGCUCAUACGCGCCGCUCCUCCGCCCGUCUUCGCCCACCGCGGGCCAUUCUCUUGACGAAGAGGAGGAAGAAGGCGGCCAUUCCGGCAACUCCGAUAACGAGACAAACUACGUAGUCCACGGCGAUCCCACUCCCGACCCGUCACCGAACCGAAGUCCCGACGCUUCACCGCCAGGUACCGCCGUCCGACCCGGGCGAGGAGGAUACUCACAAGAAAGCGCGGCAGCAGGACCGUCUCAGCUUCGCAGGCAGCCGUCUUCCGAAGGAUUAGGGUACUAUAGAUCGAGGUCGAGAUCGAUUGAGAAUUUGGAAAGUUUGCGGACCAAGAAAUCUUGGAGAUCAGUAACGUCGGUCUCGUCAAUAAUCAACGAAGACGCCGAGGACUUUUUUGCUGGACAGGCAUUUUUGAAUGAGCCAACCGGCCAGUGGGAGCCCCCAUCAGUUGCAGGGCCAUCAGAGCGCCAGCGACAACUCGACGAGCAACGCGAGCGCGAACGACAGAGGGCGGAAGAGGCGGCUUCAUGGGCCGAAGAGCAAGAAGGGCAGGCUCCCAUGGCAUUGCCAACCACGCCGCACCAAUGGAGCUCCCAACUGUCCACCGUCAUGUCCGAGACGGAGCCCGGGAGCUCCGGCGGCGGCACCCGAUCUGCUUCUCUGGCAUCUGGAUCGCAACAAGGUAGCCACGGCCGACGAAGCAGCCGGGGAUGGAGCUCGCACAGUAGACAGAUGCUGAGCAUCUCCUCGUCCCUGGCUGCCGAGUUGGAGAACGCUUCCCGUUCCCGGUCCGACUCUGAUCCCCUAGAGAGACCGAGCCCGGUCUUCAACCCCCGCGCCGGUUACCACGGCACGGUUAGAGACCACGAUGAAGAUGGUGAUGGCUUGGCGGAUCUGCAGCAAAUCACCCCGAGACCCUCUCGCCAGAGACUGUCAGACUUCUUCGCGAGCAGCAACUCGUCCGAACGGAAUCUGCACUCCUCUCACAGUUCGCGGUCGCACACCAGCAGCUUGAACUCUAACUCUAUUCCUGCAUGGGCUAGACUUUACUACGGCAGUGGCGAGCGCAAAUUCCUGCGGAACAUGUCAAUCUCGAGCAUGUCCGACCUUGGCACUGGCAGCCGCCCCGGAUCUGUGCAGAACAGUGGAUCGCCAACCACGGAUCACUUCCCCUUGGGCAUCUACAGCCCUCGGCGUCGACCCCACGAAGCACGACCCGACUCGGCAACCCAGCGCCUGUCUACUGCUGGAAGCAUGGACAUCGAGCCGGCGCCGGCACAAGAGGAACUGGGAAUCCGGAGAGGCCUGCGGCGGAUAACCUCGAGCGUGUGGUCACCACAUCUGCGCAGGGACGUGCGUGCGCGCGAUCGAUACAGCGUCUGGGACCCACCAUCAGUUUCAUGGUCAGCCGAGAGCGGCAUGUUUGGGCGUCGCAAUGUGCAGGUUGUUCUCUUCGUGUUCGGCUUCAUCUUCCCUUUCGCCUGGAUGAUAGGUGCCAUACUACCACUGCCAAAACCGUCGCCACUGGCCAUGCUGGAGAGGUACUCGAGCAUCAGCGACUUUGGCGUCCGCUCCCGCGAGCACGAGUUCGAGCGCCACAUCGAGAAUGUCGACGAGCUCCGGUAUGAGAACGCGAAGUGGUGGAGGACACUGAACCGCUUCAUGUCUGUCGUGGGGCUGUUGAUCAUUGGUGCCGUCGUCGGUCUCGCCGUCGCGGCAGUUAAGCAGGGAUGGGGCAGGACAUGA